UUGAAUCUCGACUGCUCCAACGAAUAGGCCAACUAUCCCCGAGAGGAACCGAGUGAGCGCCGAACAGGGCCGUGGCGAUAAUAGGAAGCUGCAAGGUGUGCGUGACGGGAAGUGUGUGCCCAACCUAGAGACCUAGAGCUCCAGAACAUUCAUCGACGCUACCGAAAAGGACUGUCGUUUACUUCCGAUCGGGGCCCUUGUGCUAUGAGGAGGUAGAAGCCCGAAAGCGGAAACCAAAGUAUCGGGGUGCAGAGCGAUCCUCCCGAUCGGUCGAUCGUCGAACCGGAACGGGUUGAGUGAAUGUCAGCGUGUCCCCCGGAAUCCAGAGCAGCAAUGUCAUCGAAUUGUGAAAUAACCAUCACCGGACCGCAGGAGGCGCACGCCAAGAGCAGCCUGAUUGUCGUCUCCAACCGGUUGCCGUUCGUGCUGAAGCGGGACCCGAAGACGGGCCAACUGAGCCGUCAUGCUAGUGCCGGUGGAUUAGUCACGGCGGUGGCCCCGGUCGUGAUCAAGGGCAAGGGGCUGUGGGUCGGCUGGUCCGGCAUAACGCUGACGGACGACAACGAGCCGAUCCCGGAGUCGGAUCCGUCGGACAACACGCCGACGGCCGGGCUGCUGUCGGAACAGGUGGUCUCGGUGAACGUGGAACCGAAGCUGUUCGACAGCUACUACAAUGGCUGCUGCAACGGCACGUUCUGGCCACUGUUCCACUCGAUGCCAGGGCGGGCCACGUUCUGUGCCGACCACUGGCGCUCGUACUACACGGUCAACAAAGAGUUCGCCUCGCGGACGAUCGAGGCGCUCGAGAAGUGUCUGAAGAAAAACACUCACUCCGGUGUGCCGCUCAUCUGGAUCCACGACUACCACCUGAUGCUGGCCGCGAACUGGAUCCGCGAGGAGGCCGACGAGAAGAACCUCCCGUACCAGAUGGCGUUCUUCCUGCACAUCCCGUUCCCGCCGUGGGACAUCUUCCGCCUGUACCCGUGGUCGGACGAGAUCCUGCAGGGGAUGCUGGCGUGCGAUAUGAUCGGGUUCCACAUACGGGACUACUGUCUCAACUUUGUCGACUGCUGCCAGCGCAACCUGGGCUGCCGGGUGGAUCGCAAGAAUCUGCUCGUCGAGCACGGUGGUCGAUCGGUGCGCGUGCGCCCUCUACCGAUCGGUAUCCCGUUCGAUCGGUUCGUGGAACUUGCGCACUCGGCGCGCAAGGUGAUCAACACCAACCAGAAGAUCAUUCUCGGUGUCGACCGGCUGGACUACACCAAGGGGUUGGUGAACCGUCUGAAGGCGUUCGAGGUGUUGCUGGAGCGACAUCCCGAGCACCGGGAGAACGUCAGCCUGCUGCAGAUCUCGGUGCCGUCGCGUACUGACGUCAAGGAGUACCAGGAAUUAAAGGAGGAGAUGGACCAGCUAGUCGGGCGGAUCAACGGUCGCUUCACAACCGCCAACUGGUCUCCGAUCCGUUACAUUUAUGGGUGCGUUGGACAGGAAGAGUUGGCCGCCUUCUACCGGGAGGCAUCCGUGUGCCUCGUUACUCCGCUGCGGGACGGCAUGAAUCUGGUGGCGAAAGAGUUUGUCGCCUGCCAGAUCAACGAGCCACCGGGGGUGUUGAUCGUGUCCCCGUUUGCUGGAGCCGGCGAAACCAUGCACGAGGCGCUACUCUGCAACCCGUACGAGCUGGAUGCGGCGGCGGAAGUCAUACACCGAGCGCUCACGAUGCCGGAGGACGAACGAACGCUGCGGAUGUCGCGCAUGCGAAGGCGUGAAAUGCAGCACGACGUCAACACGUGGAUGCGGCAGUUCCUGAAGGCGAUGGGUUCGCUGGAGGAGGACGACAUCGGCACGACCACGAUGCAACCGGUCAGCGUGGACGACUUCGAUGACUAUCUGCUAAAUUACAUCGGAUACAACCACAAACUGGCGCUGCUGCUCGAUUACGAUGGAACACUGGCACCGAUUGCACCGCACCCGGAUCUGGCCAUCCUUCCGCCGGAAACUAAAAAUGUCCUCCAACGGCUCUCGAACCACUCGGACGUGUACGUGUCCAUCAUUUCCGGGCGCAACGUGGACAACGUGAAGAAGAUGGUCGGCAUCGAGGGCAUCACCUACGCCGGUAACCACGGGCUCGAGAUUCUGCAUCCGGACGGUAGCAAGUUCGUUCACCCGAUGCCGAUCGAGUACGAGGACAAAGUUAGUGGAUUGCUAAAGUCACUCCAGGAUUCGGUUUGUGGCGAUGGAGCUUGGGUGGAGAACAAGGGACCACUGCUGACGUACCACUACCGGGAGACACCCUUGGAGCUGCGUCCGGCUAUGGUGGAAAAGGCACGGGAACUAAUCAUCCGGUUUGGUUUCCGUGCGGCCGAAGCACACUGUGCCAUCGAGGCGAAGCCUCCGGUGCAGUGGAAUAAGGGCCGAGCCUCGAUCUACAUUCUGCGCACGGCUUUCGGUGUCGAUUGGAGUGAACGUAUUAAAAUCAUUUACGCCGGUGACGACAUGACCGACGAAGAUGCCAUGAUGGCACUCAAGGGUAUGGCGGCCACGUUCCGUGUCACAAACUCGCAGAUCAUUAAAACUUCCGCCGAGCGGCGUUUACCAUCCACCGACUCCGUGCUCACCAUGCUGAAGUGGGUCGAACGGCACUUUAUGCGCCGCAAACCGCGUGCCAACAGUCUCACGUACCGGGGCAAGAAGAAGGACGGCGUCCGGAUGCAGAUGGCGUUCGAUCUGGUGCCGAACGCUAGUGCGGCCAACAGUGCCGCCAGCAGUUCCGAUGAGCGCGACUAACAUUGCGGCAACGCAUGGCUUCCGUUGGGGUGUUACGUUUAAAUUUUAGCUAACAAAAACAUGUUGAAUAUUUUAUUACUUCCAGGUUUCCAAAUUAUGGUUCAUGCAAUGGAAACACUUGCAAUGUUCCGUGUGCCGCAAAACGAAACAUUUAUGAGUUGGUAACUCAGAGCGUUCGUUGUCGUUGGGGCAAUGAAACUUAUGUUACGUGCAAAUCGAUGAUGUUCUUGGAAUGUCCUUUCUAGGGUUAGUUUAGAGAAAAUAAAUUUGCAGUGGCUUUUGAGCCAAAAGGGCGCACUCAUUA